CCUACAGCAAACGGUCAUAUUGGUUUGGAGCUAGAUAUAGCCUAUAGCAAACAAAGUAAGAUGGCCACAGACUUGAUAAAGGUUGAAAUCAUUGAGAGGCAAACAGUCAGACCAUCAUCCCCAACUCCUCAUUCCUCGAGAACCAUACAGCUCUCUGUUUUGGAUCAGAUGGUUCUUAGUCACGUUUACUUCCCAACGCUUCUCUUCUACGCCGCCAACAAUAAUAUUACUGGUUCAGGAGGUGGAGCUACUUCUACAGACAUUGCGGCCAUGAGGAUGAAGGAGAGAGAUUAUUGUCAGCAUCUAAUUCGGUCAUUAGCUAAAACUCUCACUCACUUCUACCCUUUAGCAGGAAGAUUGAGUAAAGGCAAUGACAUCGUCCAAUGCACUGAUGAUGGAGCUGAGUUCGUGACGGCCCGAGUCAAAUGUUCCUUAUCCAAGAUUUUUGAACACCCAGAUCCCGAGAUGCUAACAGGGCUCGUCCCAGCAAUUGGUCAACCUGACGGUGAUGGUGAUGGUGUUUCCACGAGGCUCCCGUUGCUUGCUGUGCAAGCCAACUUGUUCGAGUGUGGAGGAAUAGCAAUAGGGUUGAAUUUUUCACAUAAGGUUGUUGAUGGUAUCACUGCUAGCGCCUUCAUCAGUUGUUGGGCCAAAACAGCCCUUGAUGAUGGUGACGAUGAUCAGGUACCCUUCAUGGUCCCAAAAUUUGAUGCUGCGUCUUAUUUUCCACCACUAGAUUUCUUAAACUCAUCACAGCCAUCAUCAGCCGAGCUGGUGGGCAUCAUUAAACACGACAAGUGCAUAACAAAGAGAUUUGUGUUUGAUGCCUCAAAGAUUGCCACCCUCCAAUCAAAUUUGGCCAGCGCAUUGGCACCUCAUGCACCGACACGUGUCCUUGUAGUUUCAGCACUCAUUUGGAAAUGUGCAAUGGAAGCAUCAUCCAAAUCAUCAAACAUACCACCAUCUUCGUUCCUACUAACUAUGGACUUGCGUAGAUGGUUUGAGCCACCCUUGCCACAAAACUUGGCUGGGAACGUUGUUGGUAUUUUAGUAGUCACAGCAACAGCAUCAUUAAAAGGUCAAGAAGAGAGUGAUGAGACAAUAGAUCUAAAAGACUUGGUUGCCAAACUCAGUAAAGGUAUUGCACAACAGAAAGAAACUUAUCCUACAAAACUACCAUUUGAUUCUAAUGAGGCAUGGCGAAGGGCUCAAGAAUAUGAAAAAUUGAGAGGGAAUGUUGACAUGUACCAUUUAUGCUCUGGAAUUUGGUGUAGGUUUCCUUUUUAUGAAGCCGAUUUUGGAUGGGGAAAGCUGACAUGGGUGAGCAUACCUAGUAUUGGUCGUAAGGAUGUUUUUUAUUUGAUUGAUAAAAGAGAUGGCAAGGGAAUAGAAGCAUUGUUGAGUCUGAGUGAAGAAAUCAUGGAGCAUUUUGAAAGCAAUCCGGAGCUUCUUAAAUAUGCUUCUGUAAAUCCAAGGGUCAUGUAGCACUAUGUGUUAAGGUCGGAGUUUGGUCGAGUUUUGUGUCGUGAGAAUAAUUAUUUUCAUUGCGCUAGCUGUGAGAAUAAUCACUUUCAAUUGUUUUGUGAGAAGAUGGUUAUUGCAUUUGUUGUCUUGAUGAAAAGAAAUAUCAUCAAAUCAAUAUAUAUUGCUCA